AUGAUCAAGUUUGCGCGCACCCGGCCGCAGACGUGGGUGUGCCGCCAAUGCGUUGGGCAGCUGCCACGACGCCGCUCGCUCUUCUGGGGCACGCCGGCCUCCUCCGCUACCGUCUCGACUUCAGCUGCCGAGGCAUCGGCCCACAAUGGCAACGACGCGUCGUCUGCUACCGCGGCCGCUGCCGCUGCCUCGUCCGUGCUCCGAACGCCCGUCGACCACGCGGCCAGCAUUGCCCACGACGACACCACGCUCCGGGAGAUCUUCGACUCGCCAACGGCCUGGGCGGCAUUCAAAGCAUCCAGCAGCGCUGCCCAUGGAAAGAAGACCGGCCUGUUCCGGAACGCGUACUUGACCGAGCCUGCAGGCUUUCUGCACUUUGCACACGCCAGCCUGACCAAGGCACAGCGCAUCGUCGACAAGGUGGCGCGGGCCUCGACGCUCGACGAGUACCGCGGCAUUGUGCGGGACCUCGACCGUCUCAGCGACUUGCUGUGCCGUGUCAUUGACCUCUGCGAUUUUGUGCGCACGACACCGCCCGACGCGCACACGCAGCAGGCGGCCAACGAGGCCUGGGCCACCACAUACCAGUACAUGAACCAGCUCAACACGACGACCGUGCUCAACGACCAGCUGGGCAUCGCCAUGGCCAACCCGGACGUGGUGUCUGGCUGGUCCGAGGAGGAGCGCACCGUGGCCGACAUGCUCAAGCUCGACUUUACCAAGUCGGCCGUCAACCUGCCGCAGGCGUCCCGCGACCGCUUCGUCGAGCUGUCGCAGCAGAUCAGCGAGGUCGGCACGCGCUUUGUGGACUCGAUGGCCCCCGCCGAUCCGUGGGUGGCGCUGCCGAGCACGUCCUGUCGCGGGCUGGACCCCACGGUGGCCCGCCGGUUCACGCGCGGCGCCACGCUGCGCCUGCCGGCCGUCAGCGCCGAGGCCGCGCUGGCGCUGCGCACGAUCCAGGACGAGGACGCGCGCAAGAAAAUUUACUAUGCGUCGCGCACGGCGUCCCAGGCGUCGGUGCGCCUGCUGGAGCAGAUGCUCGGCCUGCGCAGCGAGCUGGCCCAGCUCGCCGGCUUCGACAGCUACGCGCACAUGGCCCUGCGCGACCGCAUGAUGGCCAAGACGCCCGAGUCGGUGAACCAGUUUUUGCUGGCGCUGUCGCGCAGCAAUGCACCGCUCGUCGAGCGCGAGGUGCAGGACCUGGUGGCGGCCAAGCGCUACGCGCAGCACGCCGCGGAGACGACGCUCCGCCUCCACCCCUGGGACCGUGACUUUUACAUGAGCGUGCUGCGGCAGGCCGCAGGGGCGCCGACCGGCCAGGUGGACCCGACGACAGGGCAGCGGCUGGUGCCCAAGAAGCGCAGUGGCCCGCUGUCGCACUACUUCUCCCUCGGCACCGUCAUGCAGGGCCUGUCGCGGCUGUUCCAGCGGCUGUACGGCCUCCGUUUCGUGCCCCGCGAGACGCCGCCCGGCGAGACGUGGCACCCCGACGUGCGGCGCCUCGACGUUGUGUCCGACACCGACGGCCACGUGGCCGUGCUGUACUGUGACCUGUUUUACCGCGGCGACAAGUCGCCCAACCCGGCCCACUUUACGGUGCGCUGCUCGCGCGAGAUUGCCCCCGACGAGAUUGCGGAGGCGGCGGCGGCCGACGGCGCGAUUUCGGCGAACAACGGCCUGACCGCGCAGGACGCCGCCAACGAUGGCAUGGCCACGUCACGGGACCGCACAACGGGCGCCGUCAAGCAGCUGCCGACGAUUGCGCUCGUAUGCGACUUUGCGCGCAGCGACGGCGGCGGCGGCAGCACCCUGUCCUCGCUCUUUGGCCAGGCGAGCAGCACGAGCAAGCCCGCGCUGCUCAGCUACCACGAGGUCGAGACGCUCUUCCACGAAAUGGGCCACGCCGUGCACUCGGUCCUGGCACGCACGUCCCUGCAGACCGUGGCGGGCACGCGCUGCGCCACCGACCUGGCCGAGCUGCCGUCGACGCUCAUGGAGCAGUUCGCGGCCGACCCAGAGGUGCUGGCGCUGUUCGCGCGGCACUACGAGACGGACGCGCCGGUCGACUACGAGCAGGUGGCCGAGGGCCUGCGGCGCGCGCGGCGCUUUGAGGGCCUCGACGACGAGAACCAGAUCGUGCUGGCCAUGCUCGACCAGGCGUACCACGGCACCACGCCGGUGGGCGACCACUCGACGGACAUCUUCCACGGCCUGCAGCGCGCCGUCAUGGCCGGCGGCGGGCCCGUCGACCCCAGCGGCACCUGCUGGCAGGGCUUCUUCGGGCACCUGUUUGGCUACGGCAGCACCUACUACAGCUACCUCUUUGACCGCGUGCUGGCCGAGCGGGUCUGGCGCGUUGUGUUCCAGGGCGGCCAGGACGGCGGCGCCCUGCGGCGCGAGAACGGCGAGCACCUGCGCGACAGCCUGCUGCGCCACGGCGGCGGGCGCGAUCCGUGGCGCUGCGUGUCGGACGCCCUGCGCGACCGGCGUCUGGCGGCGGGCGACGCCGCGGCCAUGGCGCUCGUGGGCAGCUGGGGCACGAGCCACCGACGGUAG